UGGCCCAUAAGAGUCAAGAGGAGCUCGGGAGAGAAUCCGCCGUCGUGGCGGAGGCCAUGGGGCUUCUUCACAUCGACGUCGAGGCCGGCGAGACGCAGAGCAGACCGGGGAGAGACGAUGCGCCGUUUUCGAGGAAUGUCCUGAGGAAGCAGCGACACUGGGAGAAGCAACUGGCUGCAAGAAAGAGCAAGAGAAAAGAAGAGAAGCAGAGGAGGAAGCUGAGAUGUGAUCAGGAAUCAGGGACAAAGACAGACAAUCCUCGAUUCACCAAACGGGUCGUCAAGGCAAUCACCAAAGAGCGUUUAGCUGAAGCUCAGUCCACCGGACCCAAGCUCUGCGUGGACCUGAGUAUGACAGACUGCAUGUCCAACAAGGAGAUAAGCCGACUGGCCGGCCAGUUACGGAGGCUAUAUGGGUCAAAUAAGAAGGCAAAUCGACCUUUUCACCUGUUCCUGACAGACCUGAGAGAAGACAGUCGCCUGUACAAGGAGUGCCUUCGAAUGAACGACGGCUUCGUGAACUACGUGAUGGACAUCACAGAGAAAAGCUGGCUGGACCUGUUUCCCUCAGAGGAUAUCGUCUACCUCACUCCAGACGCUGAAGAAGCCUUGGAAAGAGUGGACGUUGACAAGGUGUACAUUCUGGGUGGGCUCGUGGAUGAAAGCAUCCAGAAGAAAGUGAGCUACUCGAGGGCCCGGGAGCUGAGGGUCCACACCGCCAGGUUGCCCAUAGAGGAGUACAUGGUGAAGAAAAGCAACCCCAAGAAUUUCCACUCAAAGAUCCUCGCCAUUAACCAAGUUUUGGACAUUCUGCUGACGUUCUCUGAUCGUGGCAGCUGGACGGACGCUCUGCAGGCAUGGUUCCCUCGAGGGAAAGGUUAUGUCAUCAUAUCCGAUGAACACCAUCCACCUCCAGUCAGUACAACACAGACGUAGCUCAGGGAUUCAUCCAGUGCCAAACUCAUUUCUUACCGACACUGGAUUUCUUUCUGCCUGCCCGGACUUGAGAGGAAAUUUCCCAACUGCUUUUGAGAAAAUGCCCGAAGCCUUUCUGGAGGCCACAUAGGAGGCAACUCUCCGUCUAAAUAACCCGCCUGGCAUCCACUAAAUGGGACAGGUGCCGGAGUGAAGGAAAAUGAAGUGCGUCGGCUCGCGUCCGGAAAACCACAUCCACAAAGUUGAGGAACUUUUAUGACGUCAUUGAAAAUCUUGAGAAUUUUCUCUCCUAGUUAAGGGCGGCGUUGAGCCAGCGUUGUGGCUGGAGGGCUUCCUGCUUUGGUAAACAGCUUCUGUAAAUGUUUGUCUAGCUUGGGUGGUUUUUCUUUUUUACUUGUGGUUAAGUCAGCUGAUAUGUUCGAGAGGCUGUCAGUUAUUUUACAUGGCAACAAAUAGAAACACGAACACACGCCCGCAUAAAAAUGACUCGGGGGUUUCUGCCGUUUCUCAGGUGUGAGGGGAUAACUGGGCGUCCUGGCUUUCAUGAAAAUGUCCAGUGACAGAAGCAUUGCAGCAGGUCAUCACUUCACUGAACAUGUCCUUGAACUUCACACGCAAAUGACUGGGGCCUUUUUUUUUUGGUACGCAACACCGAUCAGCCAAAACAUUAAAACCACCUGCCUAAUAUUGUGUAGGUCCUCCUCACGCCACCAAAACAGCUCCGACCCAUCGAGGCAUGGACUCCGCAAGACCUCUGAAGGUGUCCUGUGGUAAGUCCAGUAAGGUGAUUUCUAUUUAUUUAUUUAUUGAUUGAUUUUGAUAUACUAUAUUAAUCACCGUGGGGAAAUUAUUCUCUGCAAUUUAACCCAUCCUAGCUGUGUAGCUAGGAGCAGUGGGCAGCAUCCGGGGACCAGCUCCGGUUCUUCAUUGCCUUGCUCAGGGUCACAGACAGGGGUAUUAACCCCAACUGGCUUCUCUUUUUUAUGGUGGGGGAAACCGGAGAACCCAGAGAAAACCCACCGCAGACAGGGGGGGGGGAACAAACUCCACACAGGACGACCUGAGAUGACCCCCAAGGUUGGACAACCCCGGGGUUUGAACCCAGGACCAUGUGUGAGGCAACAGCAUUAACCACUGGGCCACCGCGCCGCCCAUUGCGAUGUGGGGCCUCCAUGGAUCAGACUUGUUUUUCCAGCACAUCCCACAGAUGCUCGAUUAGAUUGAGGUCUGGAGAAUUUGGAGGCCAGGGCAACACCUUGAACUCUUUGUCAUGUUCCUCAAACCAUUCCUGAACAAUGUGUGCAGUGUGGCGGGGUGCUUUAUCCUGCUGAAAGAGGCCGCUGCCAUCAGGGAAUACCGAUGCCAUGGAGGGGUGUACCUGGUCUGCAAUGAUGUUUAGGUAAGGGGUACGUGUCAAAGUAACAUCCACAUGAAUGCCAGGACCCAAGGUUUCCCAGCAGAACAUUGCCCAGAGCAUCACACUGCCUCCGCCGGCUUGCCUUCUCCCCAUAAUGCAUCCUGCUGCCAUCUCUUCCCCAGGUAAAUGAUGCACAUGCACCACACCGUCCACAUGAUGUAAAAGAAAACGUGAUCCAUCAGACCAGGCCACCUUCUUCUACUGCUUCAUGGUCCAGUUCUGAUCCCCACAUGCCAGUUGUAGGUGCUUUCGGUGGUGGACAGGGGUCAUCGUGGACACUCGGACUGGUCUGCGGCUACACAGCCCCAUACACAGCAAGCUGUGAUGCACUGUGUGUCCUGACACCUGUCUAUCAUAGCCAGUAUUAACUUUUUCAGGAAUAUGAGCUACAGUAGAUCUUCUGUUGGAUCAGACCAGAUGGGCUAGCCUUCACUCUGUCGCCGGUUCACCGGUUGUCCUUCUUUGGACCACUUUUGGUAGGUACUGACCACUGCAUACCGGGAACCCUGCACAAGACCUGCCGUUCUGGAGAUGCUCUGACCCAGUCGUCUAGCCGUCACAAUUUGGUCCUCGUCAAAGUCGCUCAGAUCCUUAAGCUUGCCCAUUUUUCCGGCUUCCAACACAUCAACUUCAAGAAGUGACUGUUCACUUGCUGCCUAACACAUCCCAGCCCUUGACAGGCGCCACUGUAACGACAUAAUCAGUGUUAUUCACCUACCUGUCAGUGGUUUUAAUGUUUUGGCUGAUCGGUGUAUGAUCCCGUUUUGAAUUUUGAUUUUUUUUAUUGUCUAAUACAGACCGAUUUCCUUAUUUGUAAGUGAUAACGUAACUGUUCAUACUGCUGCACAACCAACUGCCCCUCUGGGGGCAAAUAAAGU